AUGGAAUUUGCUUAUCCCAAUUUCUAUCCCAAUUAUAUGCAUGCCGCCGCUGUUGCUCAUGUAGCAGCCGCACAAAUGCAAGCUCAUGUUAGUGGUCACAGUUCCAGCCUCAAUCAUAAUCAUGGUCAUGCUCAUCAUUUACAUCAUGGCCAUCAUGGUCAUCAUAUGGCAGGACAUUUGGGUCAUGGACCACCGCCAAAAAGAAAGCGUCGUCAUCGUACAAUUUUCACCGAAGAACAAUUGGAACAAUUGGAGGCGACUUUCGAAAAGACACACUAUCCUGAUGUAGUAUUGCGAGAGCAAUUGGCGUUAAAAGUGGAUUUAAAGGAAGAAAGAGUAGAGCGCGAAACCAAUUGA